GCCGCUUUGCCGCUACUUUAACGAGCCGGCCAUCAUUAUUUUGCAGCGGUAAGCUGUGGUGUUUGUAAAGACGUUGUCCUUAGAACUAGUUUUCUUUUGUGACGCUGCCGUGAUAGCAGAUAGCAAAUUGUUGUUGACGAAAAGUAGUUUCAACAAAUUUCAGUAAAAUGGGCGAUGAAAAAAAGUCAAACGAAGCCGAACACAUUAAUCUCAAAGUACUGGGCCAAGACAACGCUGUCGUACAAUUUAAAAUAAAAAGGCACACACCCCUAAGGAAAUUGAUGACGGCGUACUGCGAGCGUGCUGGUAUCAGUACGCAGGUUGUCAGAUUCCGCUUUGACGGGAAUCCCAUAAACGAAACAGACACACCCACUACCCUAGACAUGGAAGAAGGUGACACCAUUGAAGUAUACCAGCAGCAGACUGGUGGAUUUUGUUAAGCGUUAUUUUUAAAAUGUACACUACCCUAAUAUUAAUUACUCCAUAAUAUCGUCAAUAUAAAAUUAAAGUAGUUUUAUGUAAA